UAGUUAUACACAUAAACACACACACAUCCAAUCGUUAACAAUCACAAAGAUUUACCGUUUGAAAUAUUUUGUUUGGCAAAUUUUUGUAGUUUUGCACAAUAUAAUUUUAUAUUAUCAGUUGCUGAUAUCAAGAUGAAAAAAUCUCGUUUAAAAACUAACAAAUGUCAUAUCAAAAACUCGGAAAAGUGUACGGAUGAUAUUUCUAUGGAUGGCGUCCACCCCUUGCUGUUCUGUAGUCAUACAUGGACUAAAUGCGUUCCAAUCAGUCAUCGAGUUCAUCUGAUGCAUCCGUCGAUGUCAAUUGGACGUAACUAUAGACUAGCACUUGAAAAGACAUUAAGAGAAAUCAACAAGUCACGAGAAAUGACUAUGAGCUGUAAAAUAUUAGAUGAAGAUCGUCAUUUAUUAAAUCGUCCGCGCCAAAAAGGUGAAUCUGAACCAUAUAAGACGAAAUCCACAAAUGAUUACAAAUGCACCGGCGUCGUUCCUUUGGCGGAUUUGUUGUCUGGAAAAUAUUACAAGGAUAAAGCAGAGUUGAGGGAACAAAAAAUGAUCGAAAAGAAAAUAAAAAGUGAAAAAGCUAUGAUAAAACCUGAGUUACCUUCAAAUUUUAUUGGUUCAUCAAUACGAGCUUGUACUGCAAUGGGUCCGGACGAACAGUUAAAUAUACUGAAAGAUAUGUGGCGAAAAGAGAAAAACAUCAAAAUCGUCAUUAGUAAAGAAGACAACGAAACAAUUGUAUACUAUUUGAACGAAGGUAUAACAAGUGAUUUUUAUAAUCCAUUUCCUGAAGAAGUGCUGGAAAAUAUAAAGAAAAAUCGUGUUAAAACGAAUCUAUUGAAAAAGUUUCAUUUUUUGAUAAAAUCUUUGGAAAGUGAAGUACGACAAAAUUAUGAUACUGCUUGCAAAAAAAUACUCCUAGACUAUAUAUUAAUGGAUCCAGAUGAAUUAAAAAGAAUCGGAAUAACAAAUUAUUAUAGAUCUGAUUAUUCGUCUAUGCAAAUCAGAGGUCCAAUUCCAUGGCAUCAAACAGCUAUAAUUCAAAGAGAACAGCUAAGGAAUAAUUUAUACAUUUUUAGUGAUUCAAUUUUAAUGUUGAAUAAUAUAUGGAAAAAGUAA